AUGGCGUCAUGGAAGGAAUGGCGGAGGUGGGGCAGCUUCGUUUACGUCGACUAUCCGGACUGCGCAGUCAUGGAUGUCCAGUUGCACGGACGUAAUGUCACCGAUGCAGAUUUGCCAUCGCUUCUCCGUCACAUGACAGAGCGACUGUCUGCUGGCGAAGGAUGGAUGGGCUAUCAGCUUGACCUCUCGCACAACGCUGGUAUCACCGAUUUCGGCAUAUCGAUCCACUUGGCACCCUUUCUCAGGAAGUGGCCGCACUGCCGGGUUCUCAAGCUGUCCGAGACCUCUGCUGGUGACUCAUCGCUGAAGGCUCUGGUGGAGUGGGUGUGUCAGGGCCAGGUCAUGGAGUUGAAUUUGUCGGAGUUGGGCGGAACUCUCUCAAACGACAUGGUGUGGGCUUUCUUGCAGAAGCUCAAGGACAGGCGCAGGCUUCCAUACUGGCAUCCUUGCGGGAACUCGUCUUUGUGGCUGCGUCUGGAUCACAAUGACAUCGAGAACAUCGACCUGCUGGCCGACAAAGGACAGACACUGGCAUAUCUUCAAGUAUGGGAGAAGGCCCCCAAAGGGUGGACGGUGCGUUCGCAGCAAAAGCCCCUUCUUGCACGUCCAUCUGUGGAAGUGGCUCUCUUCCCAGCUUCGCACGCAAAGGAGCGACAUGUUGAGAUCAAAGCCGACAUGCGGAAGCAGCUGCUGUCGAUGCUUCACGUUUCUGGGGAAGCUCGGGCAGAAGGAACCACUCGGGCGCCACUGGUGUUCACGGAAGAUGAAUACCGGCUGUGGCAGAUGGAGUCCCGUGAAGAUGCGGAGAACGGUGCAGAUGACAGGAACGAGGAGACUUUUGGAGGAGAAGCAAUCGCCGCCGGAUGGUCUUUCGAGGAGAACCUGGCAGCAAACCAGCGACUUGCGAAGAGGGGCAGCGGCUGGUCUCAGGAAGCGCCGAAGGUGCAGGUGCCUGUGCCAGAACCGAUUCCGGAACCGCCUGCCGCGAACCAGUCUUCUCUGACAGAUGCAAAGCAACAGGUGGAAGCCGAGGUGCGACAGCUCGUGCGGGAUGUUGACGUGCUGCGCGCCGAAGACUUCAACGGUAAGGUGAAGCAAUGGUUCCAUGCGCUCCGCAGCAAGGGCGGCAUCGAGAAAGUGACCGAGGCGACUGCAACGCUGCGUCUGAUCUUGAAGCACAAGCGUCGUGGAGAAGUCGAGAAGUGGUCCUCUUACUUGCGCUCCCUUCUCGAGAAGAUCCACUUCGGAGACCUCCUGCACUGCCCGACACCAGGAGAGUCGCAGCUGUCAUCUCAAGCCCAAGCCGCCCAAGCCGCUGCCUCGGAAUCCAGUCUUUCAGUGAGAGCCUCCUGCGCUGAUCUCGCAGAGUCAGGCAGCUGGCAAACAUCGUGCCAAUUCGGAGCUGCCAGGUUGUCUGAGAAGUGUACCUCGGACUGCACUAUUCUGGUCGUUCUGAAGGGCGAGGAGGCGGCACUGCGAGUUGUCACGGUGUGUCCUCGCUGCGAGUGCUCUGACCCUUCUAUCGGGAGGCAGGAGUGCCAUCACGUGGCGUCCUUGCAGCCAAAGCGGAAAAGGAUCCCGGAUGACAGUGACAUUGCCAUCACCGUUAGCCCAUUAACGGACUGCCGACCCACCGUGGAGGUUACUCAGAUGUCUGGCGCAACGAAGGUGCUUCCCACAGAUGCCCAUUUGGGGUUCGUUUCAAGCAUCCUCCGGCACGAACACGGCGAAGUGCAGAAGGGCUUGCUAUCCAUUGAGGCAGCGCUGAAGUUACGAAGGGACGUUCGGGCAACGCCACGUGCCGUGUUGCGCGCGCGUGCAGAGAUAGCCAAGCAUGACCUGCAGACUAGUGGAGAAGCCAAGACCACUGUCUUUGGCGAAAUUGGCGGAGUAGAUGCUCGGAGGCAAGCUGACAACAUCGUGACACCCGAGAAACCUAUUUCUACCGACACCCGGAACACUUGCAGUGUCUUCGGGAGCAGCUUGUCAGGCUGGGUCGGCACUGAGCGAGAGAACAUGAGCAUACAUGAACGUUGCUAUCAGUCUUUGGUUGCUCUUGUUUGGCAGUUCGAUGUCCGAGCACAGAUGACCGUUGGGAAGGCAGGUCAGGUAUCAGCAGGUCUCCUUUUCGAAACGAAGCAGGCGUUGAGGCUUGAUGUGCCCGCUUUCUUCACCACUUCGCGGAGUGCAGGUGCUCAUUCCUUCAGCUACACCUCCCAGAUACAAACGCCCAAAGAGACGGCGUCACGAGAGUUUCUGCAGGUCGAAGUGAUGGCACUCUCCGGGGAGAUAUCGGUUCGCUGCGCAUGCCGUGCUGUCCCCGCUGCAACUGCACACGGGUCUCAGAAGACAUUCGUAUCAGAUGCCUUGAAGGCCCUGCAUCAGGCGGAAGCUGACUUGAGCAAGGGCUCCUCCCAGAUCUACACCUGCCGCGGGAUGCGGGAGGCAUGUGGUGAGGCGUUCACCUGCUUGAUCCUUCUUGUCGUGGAAAGCAAGAUGAGAGGUUGGGAGGCCGACUAUGUAGUGAUGGCCGUGGACAGGAGGACUCGUGAGAUGUUGCUGCCCGGAGUUGCCGUAGAGAGCUGUGUGGGACAGCUAUGUGCAGGUGGCAGACCAACUAUCAGGUAUCAGCUGUACAUCAACAACCCGAGCACCAAAGUGAGCCUUCGUUUCUCGUGUCAAGGACGACUGCGGCAAGAGCGAUGCUCGCAGGUUCUACUGAGCGCAGACGCAAGGACUCCAAUGCCAGCCAGUUUGGCGGACAGAGCGUACACACCUCACGAAGCUGCGGCAGAAGGGUACAUCUCCAUGGAGCUGAGAACAUCAGUCGAGCAGGAGAGAGCUCAUCCUGGUCAUUGCAGAGUCCCUUGUGCCCUCACUGUCCAAGUAGAGCUUCGGCCAGGCGAGUACGCGGCGGUGGACUUUCAACUCGAAGCGGUCUUCGAGGAUGCUUACUCCAUAGUUCUCGACGGUGGCAAGCCUCUACACCUCGUCGCUGCACCAGGCAAACCAGAAUACUUCCUGUUCAAUACGCGCCAGCAGACGUCGAUGUCAACUUUGGCUGUUCAAGUUCCCUACGAUGCGUCUGACCCAGAGAUGGAUCUUGUGAAGAUGUUUCUCAUGGAGUGCGGCCAGAAUGGGAAGGAUUCCAGCAUCCACGAUUCUGCGAUGCCGUCUCAGCAGAGCCACAGUCAGCGCGGAGUUGUAAGUUCGCGCUGGCAGCUCAUGGCAAUGGUGGCACACCGGUCCGAAAGCACAGGUUCAUGUCACGGGGUGACCGUGGCAAUCAUCUCGCACCGUACCCAGGCCGUACCGAUUGCCAUUCGUGGGUAUGGAUGGCAUCCAGGUACACCGCUGAUGCUCGGCGACCCGCUGGAGGGAGUGCUUGAUGGAUCUCGUAGCCUCAGCUAUGAAGUCGUGCCUGACGAGAGCGUGGAGGACGUUGUGCUGGAUCUCGAAGUUUGUGCAGGCAAUUUGCUGCUUCAAACCGGGAUCCGGCCAGGCAGCAAGACAAGCGGUGGGGCGGGUGCUGGCCUAGGUGGGCACGACCUCACAAGCGGCGGCAUCUCACGUUUGAAAAUGCCUCUGAAGAUGAACGGGUGGGUUCAGAUAUCAUCCGCGGACGGCCGCUAUGCACGCUAUGUCCUCACGGUUCAGGAUGCUGCCGAUGUCACAUGGCUGGAUGCUGCAGACCUCCAGAGGUCCGUGCUGGUGCUACAACGGUCUGGAGGCGUUCACGUCGACUGGCGGGCCGCGAGUCUCUUCGGUCAAGGUCACGAUGUAGAUCCGCGUGCCCGGUACGAGGUUUUCUACGGCAGGAUGGACAAGCUGUCUUCAAACGUCUCCACGGCAUGUGGACUGUAUCUGGAGCACUCGCUUCGAAAUGCGAGGAGGAUCGUCGUCGACGGGGCAACCGAAGCGCGUAUCGAGGACUUGCAAGCAGGCCAUUAUGUGGUGAACGUGGUUGCUAGGAGCUUGGCAACUGGCCACGUGGUCGCUUACCAGCCCUGGGUUGGUGAUCUCGAUGCAGUCAGGACCACUGGGGCGAUUGCGGACCGGAAGGCAUCCUCCGGGUUCUGGCCUGACUGGCCUCUUCCAAUCUUGCUUCUCGUGGGCAGUCUGGUGGCAUGGCAGCUCUGCAAGGGCGGUGCAAACCGCUUGCCGCCGUUCAGCUUGGAGUUGCCCCCCUGGAGGAGUUCUCCACAGCACUACCAAAGCCUGGACGGCCGUGAAAUUGGUGGGCGCUACAUUCCACCGGCCAUUUGA